AUGCUAAAUCUAUUCCUCUUGUUAUCGCUACUUAUAGCGAAUAACACCGUUUGUGUAAAAUAUGUAACGCUAGACGUUUGUUCUGUUAACAAUCACCAUUUUUUGACUGAGUCUUCCCAGGUAGGAGCCCGGCUCUGUACGUAUUACAUUCCCAGAGGAGGCGUGAUUGCAAAGGCUGUUACGUACGGAAAUCAAUUAAUAUGGGAGCCCACUUACGAAGAAGAAAUCCUGGGAUACUUGCGUUUUUCAGCAGGCGAAAAUCCGGUUAUAUUAGUCAGCAGUUCUACUGGACCUGCCAGAAAAAUAUUGAAAUAUUAUAAUUUAAUGGGAAACUUUUGGGAAAUGUUUAAGGAAUUUGAUUCACUGAAAAAUAAAAAAACAAGGGAAACUAGAUUAUUUGAAAAAAAUGAUUCUGAAAACGCGGGUGAAUCAUUGGAGAAUAGUGCUCAGGGCGCUGAAAGCAGUGAAGACUCCACUACACCUGAAGAUGCAAAAAUGGAUGUUGUUGCUAUGUUUUCAAUGCUAACAAAAGGCGACAACACCCAGGUUGAAGAUUCGAAUCCCGAUGGCAUGGAAACCUACCAGAACACAUCUAAUAAAGGUAAGUCUUAUGGACUCUUAAGACGUCUGACCACUAGAAUAGAUCUUCGGGACAUCGUCAAUCAACAUAUUGAAGAUGAAUUUGAAUCUAGCGAUACCGAAGAAUCACUUAUAUUUCGUAAUAAUGAACUCAUUGUAGCUUUAGAAGAGCUUAUGGAGGCCGAAACAAGAAUGAAAGAAGCAGAAAUUGGAUGUGUAAAGGAUAGUUCCCAGGAACAAAGCACACCUUGUACGAGUCGAUGGGAUAUUAAGAAAGUAAAAGAUUUGGAUCCAACUAAGGUAUUAACGGAUUUAGAUGUUUUACAAACUUUUCAGGUUCUUAUUAAUGAGGAAAAGGCGAGGCUAGAGAAUUCACUGACUUCGAUCAAAGAGGAGAAUGAACAGGAUUUAAUUGAGUAUGAAAAACCUAUUGGUGAUGAAAUAGAUGAGUCUGUUUUAGUAAAUGGAGUAUUUUUAGAAGUAUGUAGGUGCAGCAAAUGUGAACAGAAAGGAUAUAAGGAGCUACAUUUUGUUGGACAUUCGGAUGAAGAUCCUCCAGAUGUCGAAAAGAUUGAACUACCUCUGGAGUUAGUUGAAGGCCCUCAAGAAUAUCCAGAUCCUCAAGAAGCUCAAGAAGAAGCAAUUCAGGUAUCCAUUGACCCUGAAACAUUUCCUGCAAUAUCUGAGGCAUUGAAUUCUAUGGCUAUUGAUGGUGGUAAUACUGAAGAUGUUGACCUUGAGAACAAAAAUGACCAAAACUCAGAGGUUGUUUCUGAUAUAUUUGGAAACGAUUUCGACCCUAGCAAGUUUGCAGCAUCUUCGGAUUUUCAAACCACCGAAAUUAGUGAUUCUGAUGACUCUGAGGAUUCUACUGACUCUGAUGAGGACGACUGUGAUUUGGUUGAGGAUCAAAUUGAAGUGCUUAUAGAUACUCUCUUUCCUAAUUUAAAGCAUGUAAUAACAAAAUCACGUAACCUUCAUUACCUUAAAGCUGAAGACGUAGAUGUGAAAAACACUGAUUUCUCCCUUCAGGCUAUGGCGCUGUCUUCCGACGAUGAGAAUGAUUCUGAAUAUGAUAACAUUAAGGACUCUCACGACAAUAUAUCUAUGCCAAUGGAUAUUGAAUCGGGUCUAAAACCAGAGUUUCCACAGCCUUGUGUUAUAGGUUCCAAUGAAGAAUCUACUAACCUAUCUAAGGCCUCAAGCCACCCUCAGGUACUUUAUCCCGAUGUUAUAGUUGUAAAGCGGCCCAAACGACCUGUACCUAGACCCCGAUCACUUCCUGUACCUGCUCCAAGAACUAAAUUUCUAAACAAAAACCCAGAUUCAGGAAAUGAGGUCGAAGGUUCCAAAUUUUCUGAUAAGACUGAAACUGAUGACAACGAUGAAAAACAAUCUGAAGUAACCCAAACUGAAGAUGGCACACAAUUGCAAACACAACCAGAAGAUUAUUCAGCUGCUGCUGGAAAUAGAGGAUUAAUGUUAUGGUCAAAAGACUCAGAAGAUGACAUUGAUAUGACGAAUCCGCCAAAAAAAAUACUAGGGCAGUUUUUACUGGAGGAAAUCCCUGACAACUAUCCUAGUGAAAAGGACCUUAAAAGCCCAGAUACAGAGUCUCACCAUACUCUGUCUGAUUAUGCCAUUCUCAAAUCUGAAGAGUCCAAGACAAGGGGCUUUAAAAAAUUAAAGAGAGCUUUUAGAGACUUUUUUAAAACCAUAAAACGAACCACCAGUAGGCGCACAUUUCGCAAAUUCAGAAUGACUUCCCGUAAAAGCACCUCUAGUAAAAAUAGCAAUGAACCAGAAGCUGAUAAAACUGCUUCGGAUGUCGAUAAAGAAGAUCCUGAGGGCGCCACUCCACAAACAACAAAACCUAGUGAUCCAUCUCGACCAACAACCAAUGAUCUCGGAGCGCGCCCAAAACAACCUCCUCCCAAACCUCCAAGAUCCAGACUAUCACAGCUCAUCGUCGAAGAAAACUUCAAUAUUGAGGUGGGCCCCAAAAGCUAUAUACGACAUGAAAAUCCCGAGCAUAUUGAAGUGCCUAUGAAACGCAGGAGCAGGCCUUCCACCAUGGAACAAGAGCAGCUUCAAAGGAUGGAAACUAAAGUCAAGAAGCACCACCUUCUUUACUUGAGGCAGAAAUACAGGGAAGAGAGGGAGAAGACCAAGCAGAAGACUAAGGAAAUCGAAUUGCUUACUAAGGAGUUGGAAGAGCUUCGCACUGAGUUCAUGAGACGCCAUAACUUGACUGAGGACAGCCUAACUGUAGUCUCUCUGGAUGAUGAAUCUGACCAACAAGUGCUCGAUAAGGUAGAUGACGACACAAACCAGGGUAAACCUCCCGAAACUGCCGAAGACACACCGGACGUAAUGGACAACGACCAGCAGGACAAGUCCAACGAUUCUUGCCAACCUGGCGAGAACUUGAACGGGGCUUCCAACGGACAGAACGACGACGAAAAUGACAUUGAGGACCUUACUGAGAAUUUUUCUCACUUUUACAUAACUCGUGAGAAAAACAAGAUUUCACCUUUGUUCAUUUGGAGACCCAGGCCUUCACUCGGGUCAUAUCAAUACUGUUUUGAUGACUGA